UGUAAGAUUCAGAUUGGAUCCUGCAGCAGCAAGUAGGUGAAGGACUGAAAGUGUAGUACCCUCAGAUUUUGUUUUAACUUAGCAAGUCAGAAUAGUCUAUUCCUUCACCACUUUCCAAAAUUUCUUUAUUCAUUUCUAAAUUCUUCUUUUUCCCUUUGAAGGGAAACCUUAAUCAUUCUUUUGCUUCAGAUAAGCAUUGUUCUCAGAAUAUUCAACAACACUCCCAUUUUUCAUACAAAAAACACUUCUUUCUACGCUCAGGGUCCUGCAGGAUCAAUUUUGGCCUUUUCUUCUAGGACACACGACAUAGUAGUGGUGGUGAUGUAACAAAAAUCAUGACCUGCAUAUUUAGUUCUAGCUUUUUUCUCUGCUGUGGGUCUCUUCUGCAUCAUCAUUUUCUUUGAUUCCUAGUUCUAUUUCAUAUCUGAUCUGGGUCACCUUUUUCCUAUUCUGGGUCCGGUUUUCUCCCACCCCAUUUAACACUGCCUGCUUUGUGUUUGUUUCUUGUUUUCACCAAAUCUCAGAAUUCAAGACAAUAUCCUCGUCUUUUGUUUCUCCGGAUUCUAAUUUGGUGCCAAGUUCGUUCAUUUAGAUGUCGCGAGAAAUCACUGGAUAGACUCUUUUCUUUUGGUUUUCAGGUGUCUCUGUUGCAAUUGAGUUGUGGGGGGAUUGUGAAUUUGGGUUUUAUUUAUAUUUGGAAGCGAUACAUGUAGACUUGUAGGGUGGUUUUGGGGUUAAGAUAAUGGGAUCUCAAGGUGGGGCAAUCCAGGAGCCAAAGAAUGGGUCUUUGGCAAGGCAAGGGUCUUUGUACAAUCUCACCCUUGAUGAGGUGCACAACCAGCUUGGAAAUUUGGGGAAACCCUUAGGAAGCAUGAAUCUUGAUGAGCUGCUCAAGGGUGUGUGGACUGCAGAAUCUGGAACUGAUGCAUACAUGCAGCAAGGUCAGGUAGCUUAUGCUGGAUCAUCUUUGAAUCCUCAAGGGAGUCUAACAUUGUGUGGGGAUCUUAGCAAGAAAACAAUUGAUGAGGUUUGGAGAGAUAUGCAACAGAAGAAGAGUGUUAGUCAGGAAAGAGAAAGACAGCCUACACUGGGUGAGAUGACCCUGGAGGAUUUCUUGGUGAAGGCUGGUGUGACUACUGACCCUUUCCCUAAUGACGAUAGUGCCAUGGCCAUGCCAGGGGUUGAUUCCCAACACAACACAUCACAACAUGCUCAUUGGCUGCAAUACCAGCUCACCUCAGUGCAGGAGCAGCCACAACAACAACAUCAUCAACAUCAAAAUCAGCAGAAUACUAUGAUGCCGGGUUUUUCGGGUUUUAUGGCUGUUCAACAGCCUAUGCCGGUUGUGGUGAAUCCGGUUCUGGAUGCAGGAUACUCUGAAGCAAUGCCGUCUUCUUUGAUGGGUGCCUUAUCUGAUUCACAAUCUGCAGGUAGGAAAAGGGCUGCCUCAGGUAAUGUGGUUGAGAAAACUGUGGAGAGGAGGCAAAAGAGAAUGAUUAAAAAUAGGGAAUCAGCAGCUUGGUCCCGGGCUAGAAAGCAGGCUUACACACAAGAACUGGAGAUUAAAGUUUCCCGUUUAGAAGAAGAGAAUGAAAGGCUUAGAAGACAGAAUGAGAUAGAGAAGGUAUUGCCAACUGCACCACCACCUGAUCCUAAGCAUCAACUGCGCAGAACUAGUUCAGCUCCCCUUUGAUGGCUUCACUGCAAACCAGUUUCUACCAAACUUCCAUGCACUUCCAUAGAUCUCAUUUGCGACAUAUAUGUUUGGCACUCAAGUUUCCAACAUUUGGAAAUCUAUUUUUCUCUGGGAAGUGCUGCUAUUUAUUCUCCUCAGCAUGUCCCCUUGUAAGAGUGUUUUCCUAUAUGUACAUUUUCCAACUUACUCUGCACUACAAGCAUGCUUUAGUCUAAUUUUGAACACAAUAUAGCUUUAAUACCACUUCUAAGGACAAAAUAUAGAUGUUGUAGUAUAGAUGAUUUGAUGUUGUUCUUCGGUUAAAUUUGAAGUUUUUAUGUAACUUGUGCUUCAGAAGUUCAUAUAAAGGUUGAUGCAUGUUACUGAGAGGAAAUUCCAAUUUUAAUUGAAGAACAUAAAUAGAAACAUCUAUAAUAUUGC